CGGUGCAUCAAAAAGGAGCGGACUCACGCAUACUGCUCAGGUCAUGUGACCAAGAAAAACAAUCGCGCGGCAGUUAAGCACUUUUACAGCCAGGAUGGAGGAAGUUUGCUUCAGGAGUCUGAGUUAAAAAAAAUAAAAUAAUGCAAAGUGGGUCGGUCCGAAGCGCAGACCCAGCGAGGCUGCGACCCGUCAGAUCUGAGGGUGAAUCCAGACAGCUGCGCAGAGCUCAGCCCAGGAAGGUUCCCUACAGGGUGGGCUACAACUGGAACAAGGGAGGGAGACUCAAGGAGCUCAGGAUAAGACACUUGGCAAGAAAAUUCCUGAAGAUAUGGAUGCGCAACACCUUCGGUCGAGUCCCGCCCCAGCAAGCAAGGCGCCACUGCAGCAGAGGCAUCCUGAGACGAGCCUUUGGCAGAUGGAGGGACGACUGGUGGACAUCCAGGAGGGAAUGGAGUCUUCUGAUGAGAGCAGAGUGCCACUACAGGUAUUACCUGUUUAACUGGACAUUUUAUGAGUGGAGGAAUUUCACAUCUUCACAGCGGCAGAGAAAGACUCAAUUGCAGCAUGCAGAAUCGCUUGCUGCCGGGCGACUGGGGCGUUUGGCUUUGGACGGGUGGAAGGAUUUCAUCGAGAUCGGGAGAGCACAGCGGAGGACGGCCGACUCGUCCCUCGAGCGGAAGAGGCUUUCAGAUUUGCGCUCAGUGUGGCGUUUGUGGCAGACGAGGCUGCAGCAGCAACGGCACCUGAAGGCGCUGGCGGGUCGAGCACAGGAGCAAAGGGCGCUGAGCUUACAGAGGAAGGCUUGGAAUCUCUGGAGAGAGACACACAGAGCUGCUUGUUACCAGAAAAAAGAAGAGUCUAAAGCGGCUCUUUACUUCACCCUUCGACUGAAAACCAGAGCAUUUCAUCAGUGGAUGAGUUUUGAUUCCCAUCAGAAGGCCAAGAACGAUAGAAAAGCCGUGGCUCGGAGCGCCUGUCGCCGCCGCCUGGUCGCGACGUGUUGGAGAGAAUGGAGGAAAGCUCUGAAUCACAAGCGGGAUGAAGAGACGCGAUCGCUGGCUGCAGACCACCUGGCCGUUCGGAGCACUCGUCGCAGAGCGCUGGUGCGCUGGAGAGCCUACGUGCAGCUGUGUAGAGCAGACGCUGACAGAAACCAGGCAGCAUGUCAACAUUUCCAGCGUCAUUUACUGCGUGCCGGACUGCAGGGGUUCUCUCUGAACGUCGCCCGGAGCAAAGCGCACCGACUGGACCACAACAUGGCCGUCCAGCACCGUCGGCAAACGACGGUGACCAAGUACUGGAAACUGUGGAUGGAUCGGCUGGAGGAAGCGGAAGAUCGGAGCUUUCAGCCCCUGAUCAACAAGGCGAUGACCAGUUCCAGGGUUUCUGUGUUGAGGCGCUGCUUCCACCAGUGGAGAGAAAAGCUUGCUGAACAGAGGCGUACGCAGGAAGCUCAGCGCCGCGCCGACGCCUGGUUUGCUGAGCGGACCUUACCGCGAUGUUUCAACUCUUGGGUGGAGUUCACUCUGCAGGGACGUCUGCGAGGACAGAGGAGACUGAAAGCCGAAGCCUUUAAUCGACAACGCCGGUUCUCCUGGGUGUUUUACACCUGGUGGGGACGAUCCGAGGAGCACAAGGAGGAGCGGCUCUCUGAGCGGAUGGCCGUCCUUCACGAGGAGCGGCGCCGCUCGCGGAGAGCCUGGCUUCGGUGGAGACGACGCGCGCAGCAGCGGAUCAGAGAGGCGGAGAAACGGGAGGCGUCACAGCGUCUGUACGCUCGUAGGCUCCUCCGCGGCGCCGUGAUGCGGUGGAGGGACUACAGCUCUGAGAUGCGAGACAGGAGAACCAGAGAGCUGCAGGCCUGUGUCCAGGGGGAUUUGCGCUGCAUGCGAUGGGCUGUGGAGAAAUGGAAGCAGUAUGUUCAGAGGCGGCGAAUGAAGAACAGCAGACUGGAGGAGAUUCGACGCCACCGUGAAGAUAAACUUCUAAAGCACUGCUUCGUGGCCUGGGAGAGUCACAGCUUUGAGGUGUCUCUGAUGUGGGAACGUGCGGAGGAGCUUCAACAGCGGCGAACAGAGGGUUUACUCAGGAAGGCCCUAAAAACAUGGAGGGAGAAAGCAGAGCUCCGGGCGGAGUUACGACUCGCAGAGCAACAAGCCCAGAAGCACUUUCAGCUGAAGGUUUUUCACGCUUGGAGAGAAGUAACAACACGUGCGCUGUCAAAGCACAACCAGCAGAGGGAGUCGCUCCGCCACGCUCAGAUAACAUUAGAUCGAGCGCGGCUGCAGCUGGUUUUUAGACAGUGGAGGAAACAAACCGCGGCGGCCCGGAGGCAGAGGAUGAGCAUGGAAAAGGCUAGAAGGCAUCACGGCUGCAGACUCCUCUCUACAGCCCUGCAUGCAUGGAGCAAGUAUCGCUGCCAGCACCGCAGAAAGAAGGUGAUGAAAAGACAAGGGCUCCUGUUGCUGAAGUUAAAGAUGUACCAGAGGUUCUUUGAGCUGUGGAAAACGAAGCUGCAGCACAGACGGAGGGAGGCUGACCAGACGGAGCGAGCGCUCUGGCACUGGUCCCUCACCCUUCAGGCCAAGGUUCUGCAGGGGUGGAGGCUGUGGGUCGCGGAGCAGCGUGGCGAGCGGGAGCACGCCGCCCGGGCCGCGCAGGCGUACAGGGACCAGCUGCUGAGGGAGGGCGUGACGCGCAUCCUCGCCUACGCCGCGCACAUGAGCGACCUCACGGCGAGCCUGACGCAGCUCAGCCAGGAGCAGAGGUCGCAGCGCCUGUGGAGAGUCGUGAGACGCUGCGCCGCUAGGUGGAAGCGGCGGGCGCUGGGCAAACCGCCAACGGAGGAAGAGGUCCGAGCGCCGGCGAAGAAGAAGAGCGUGACCUUCUGUUUGCCGGGCCUUAGCAGCGUUUCCACGCCUGACGCACAGGAGCUGGACGAUGAAGCGCUCGGCCGCCUGAAAUGCAGCACUGACGCAGCACUGGAGCCCCCACACCCACCGUACCAUCCAUCAUACCAGAAAAGCUUCAUAUCUGCAGCUGAGUUAGCUCUGGAAAGCAGAACUCCAGAUCUCCUUCUGCCGCCGUCGGCCUUCAUGACCUCAAAGACACAGAAAUCUAUGGAAAGCUCAGGUAUCAGAGAAGCUCCUUUUGUCCUCCUUCCUGACUCCAUCUCUCCCUCUAAACACCUCUCAGAUUUCCAAGAUCCCAGUUUAACAAAUCCUCCUGAAAAAGAUGCGCCGGCUCUGACGAGGGAGCUUCUCAGCAUUCAGACCGACAUGAAGAACUUCCAAAAGAGCCGAAAGCAGCUCCGAGCGUGGCGGAAGCUGAGGGACGUGUUGCGGAGUUGGCUGCAGACGAGUGCCGAGGAUGAACAAGCGGAGCGAAGUGCGGUUUGCGAGGAGCUGGAGGAGCUGGAGAAGCGCAUUCAGGAACUUUCCGCUGAGCUGGAAACACACAAACCAACAAUCCUGCUUCACGUGGAGAGGAUCCAACAUUUGCAGUCUGUCCUCGACAACUCAGGAGUUUAACCUCUCCGUUAA